AAUGUUUCUAAAAAUACCAAUUCGGUAUUACUUUAUAUACGAAACUUCGUCCGUCUAAAGUCUGUUGUAAUACUUUAGUCUAGGCAGGCUUCGAGUGGGUGGUACGUUACAUUGGAAAUUUUAUACUAUUUACAUAUUUUGCGGAAAUAAAAUAAAAUAUGCCAUUAAAGAUUUCCUUUAAAGCGUCAGAGGUAGACAAGCACGAAUGGGAUAUAAACCACUUGCUAUAUUUCAAAGGAAAAUUGUACAGCGCCUCAGAUGAUGGCAAAAUUAAGGUGUGGUCGUCGGAUUUAAAAUUCGAGGGUGAAGUGCAAGCCCAUCCCUGCUCCAUAUACUGUUUAACCGCCAGCGAUGACAGUCUGUAUUCGUGCUCAAAUGAUGGCACAAUCAAAACAUGGGAAUUGGAAACACUGAAAGAGAAGAAAACAGUGGUCAAUGACCCAGAAACUGAAUUCUGGAGAAUUGGAUUUUCCAACGGUUGCUUGUUUUCAGGGGACAACAGCGGUACUAUCAGGGUGUUCAAAAAUGACAAACACUACGGACUGAUAAACAUAGCUGAACCAAUAAAAGACAUGGCGAUCGACGGCGCCAGAUUGUUCACCUCCAAUCUGUUGGACGUGGUCGUUACACAAACGAUGAUCGAAGGCGAAAAAAUUCAUUACGGUGCCAAAAAAGUAAUCUCAGGACGAGCUCCUUUGACCUUGGUACGCGACAAACUGUGUUUCUCAAGUCGCGAUGGCAAAAGCAUCGUUGUUCAUGAAAAUGAUGAAGCUCUAGCUUUUCCAAAAUAUACUGAGAAAAUUGACGUUCAUGAAUUGAUUAUAAAUGCGUUGACUGGCGCAUCUUGGAAUGGCUCCGAUGUACUCUUUAGUGGUGGGUGGGAUAAAGUUUUGAAAAAAUGGAUUUUGGAAAAUAAGAAUAUAGUUGCAAGUGAUAAUUUAAGCUUAGAAUUUGUUAUUACAAAUAUGGUAGCUGGAGAGAGUGGUCAACUUUUCGUCGGUGGUGAAAAUGGCAAUCUCAUCAGAGUAGAUAUGAGUUAAGGCAAUUAGUUUAUAGAAAUUUUGUACUGCAUUUUAUAAUAAACAGGUUUUUAGCGUAUA